UGCAUGGAGAACUUCGCAAAGACUUUGCUUAGCCGGCAGGAAAGCGAGUCAACCGAGGGACGCUCUCUUCUUCGUUACUUCGUGCACUCGCUCGAACUGGGGACAAUUGGGUCUUGGGCAGAGCUCCAAAGGGUCAUGGAAUCGACCGUCUUCGUCCCCCCCGUAAGCUGUCCGGAAUUUCCACUCAUGAGCUAAGAAGCAGUUAACCAGGUUGCUGUCAUAAUUUUCUGUCUAGGAAUUAAGGAAUGUUCAAUGGAAAAAUCCAUGGGAAGCAAGGGCAAGAAUCUUGCAAGAUUAGUGGAAGAAAAGGCUUGUUCAAAGAGGUUGCAGCAAGAGGAAGAACAGAGGCGAAUUCCUUAUCUUCCAAAGGACUGCAUCACUAACAUCCUCCUCUGUCUCCCUCACAAAUCCCUCCUCAGGUCGAUGCUUGUUUGCAAGUCUUGGAGAGAUAUCAUAAAGAGCCUCAAUUUUGUUCAUGCCCAUCUUCAUCGGUCUGACACCAUCCUGAUUUUUCUGUCUAGGCUUCCAGCACCUCACAAUAUUUACUCUGUUUUAACAUCCAGGCCGCCUGAUAACCCAAACUAUUUCUCAAUUGACACAAACUAUUUGCAAUCACAGAACAUUCCCAUCUUAACUCAGCCUGCCAUCCAUUAUCCAAGAAAAUCCUGUGUCAAGUUUAUGGAAUUUAGCAAUGGGAAGUGCGAGGAAAGAGACUACAAGAUAAGCUGCUUGGGCAAGAUAAGAGCAACUUGCGAUGGUUUAAUCCUGCUAGAGAACAGGAUAAAGAAAGGUGGGUUGAUAGUCUUGAAUCCCGUGACCAGAAAGCUCGACCCACUUCCUUUAGGCACUCUCUGUCCUCCGCAUAAUGAAUCUUAUGGUUUUGCCUUGAGCGAGGUCUCCGGGGUAUAUAAGGUAGUGCACUUAUUCAGAGACGAGCUGAACUACUUCCAUUGUGAGAUUCUUAGUCUCGGAACAAGAGUGUGGAGGCCACUUGACGGACCGGAACCUGGGCUAUUCGGUUGGCUAGGGUACAGACCAGUUUUUGCUAUAGGAUAUCUGCACUGGGUUCCUUUCGUUGAUCACAGUGAUUACAUAGUGUCCAUGGAAAUGGACAGCGAGAAGUUUCAUAAAGUAGCGCUCCCUACAAGCUGCAGAACACAUGACCGGAUUCUUGAGAUACGUGGUUCCUUGUGCUUCAUUGCUCAUGAAGAGAUGACCCAGAUCAACAUCUGGAUGUUGGAGGGAUUGUCAGGGCAUGCGUGGAAACAGACGUGUUCCAUCACCAUGGGUUGCACGUUUGACAUGGUUCCGCUACUGGGUUUGAAGAUGAGCGGAGAUAUCAUUUUUGAGCGUGAUGAAGAUUACUCGCUGUACCGAUAUCAUUUCGAGCUCAAAGAAAUAAGGAGGAUCGAGGUGCAAGAGAACCUCGCCUUGUCAUCGAAUUCAUAUUUUGCCCAUGUCAAUAGCUUCAUCUCCUGGUGAUGCUGCAGAGAAGACGCCGGCUUUGCUGUGUCGUUGAUGGAGGUCUGAUACAAUGAUACUACUUGACUUCUAGCAGCAUAUGAUCUGAUGGGGUUUGAGACCCAUAUGAAAGUUUAUUGAUUAGUCAUUGCUGAAGCCGAUUUUGUUGUAUAUACAUGGUUCACUAGGCCUGGCUCGGCCCACUCAGAGGCGUUAACUAGUCCUUAGAACUCACCCGUGUGUGCCGUUACUUUUUGUGUCUUUCUUUUCGAGUGAGCUUCAGUAUCGUUGUUAAAAUCAAACAUCAUUGCUUGAAGUUGAAACAUGUUUGAAAUUUGUCUAUAUUGUGAACCUGAGUGUUGUGAAAA